AUGAAUGCUUCCUCUGCUCUCUUUGAGAACAACCAUGUCGGGAAUAAGACAUACUUGGACCGAACUCUAGGACGUGGGGGUGCUGUCUACAUAUACGAUGGAGGCUGGUUGGAAGCCUAUAACCUGACCGUACGCCACAACCGGGCCAAUUGGAUGGGCGGUGCUCUGAGUAUGAAUGGUCCACUCAGCAUAUACG